GUAUUUUUUACAGCAAUAGACCAAGGCGACGUGAACAUCUUUUGUGUAGUUGAAAACUGCAUUUAAAAACAAGUGUCUCACUUUCAAACCAAAACAAACAUUUAUCAAAACCGUUAAAUAGUGUAUUGCAUGUUUAAUGAGCGCUAUAAGGCAACUCUGUGUGCUACCACGAAAAUAUAAUGAGCCAGGCACUCAAUGAAUCGUCGCAUAGUAUAGGCUCAGACGAACAAGAUGACACAAGAGAAGAGGCCAGUGGCAGUGGCAGCGGUAGUGGGAGUGGAUCCUCGGGCUCCGACUCUGAUUCAGACAGUUCCUCAGGUAACUCCAGCGAUGGACGCAGUUCGCAGGAGCCAACGGUUGCCAAAACGGCGGUGGCAGGUUUUCCACCAACAGCAGUGGCCGCUCAAGCAGAUACCAAAACGAAUGGCUUUACGGAUGGGAAUGAGGAUGACAGUUCCAGCAGUGGUUCCAGUGCCAGUGACUCUGRCUCAGAUGCAGAGGCUGGCGGCGAGCCGGACAGAACAAACAGUAACAACAACAGCAACAACAACAACAGCAGCAAGUUGCAUACGAGUAGUAGCAGCAGCUCCUCGGGCACCUCUGCAGCAACCCUUGCCAAGGCUGGCGAAGAGGAUGAUGACGAUGAAGACGACGACGAUGAUGAUGAUGGAGAAGAAGAUGGUGAAGAAGACAAGACACAAAAAUCACAGGCCGUCAGCGAAGCCAGCGCCGAUGAAGAUGAUGCCAGUGAUAGCUCCGCCAAUGCCUCGCCCACAUCCUCCAGCAGCAGUAGCAGCAGCGAGGAUGAGGAGGAAGAUUACAGACCUAAGCGCUCUACGCGACAGCCGCGCAAAGCCGCGCCAUCCGCUGCAGAAAAAUCAAAGAGACCUGCCAAAAAGAAGAAGAAAACCCAAACUUGGGACUCCGACGAGAGCGACGGGAGCAACGACGCAGAGAGCGAUGAGGCACCUUUUGCAACACAGAAACGCAAAUGCAAUGCGCGUUCCGGCGGCAACAAACAGUCACAACCUCAGCAGGCGCGACGUCGCGUUAAAUCCUUUAGUUCUGAGGAUAGCGACGAUGAUGAUGCAAGCAAGAGGUGCGCAACUCGUCGCACCGCUGCUGCUGUGAGUUACAAAGAGGCAUCUGAGGACGAGGCCACCGACUCGGAGGACUUGCUGGAAUUCGAGUACGAUGAAAGUCAAGCGGCGGCUAAUGCGGCCGCCGCUGAGGAAGAGGAGAAGUGCGAAACUAUUGAGCGAAUACUUGCGAAGCGUGAUGGCAAGAAAGGCUGUACCGGAAAUCAAACGACAAUUUAUGCCAUUGAGGAGAAUGGAUGUGAUCCGAAUGCGGGUUUUGAGGACUCGUCAGAGCCGUUGGAGGUGCAAUACCUGAUCAAGUGGAAGGGCUGGAGCUACAUACACAAUACCUGGGAGUCGGAAACGACGCUGCGCGAAAUGAAGGCGAAGGGCAUGAAAAAGCUGGACAACUUCAUAAAGAAGGAGCAGGACACAGCCUGCUGGCGGCGCUAUGCGGGCCCUGAAGAUAUCGAUUACUUUGAAUGCCAACAGGAGCUGCAGCAUGAUCUGCUUAAGUCCUAUAACAAUGUGGAUCGAAUAAUAGCACGUGGCACAAAGCCCGAAGAUGGCAGUGAGGAGUUUCUGUGCAAAUGGCAAUCGUUGCCUUAUUCGGAGUCCACUUGGGAGGAUGCAACCUUGGUGAUUAGGAAAUGGCAACGAUGCGUUGAACAAUUCACCGAGCGAGAAAACUCCAAGUGGACGCCAUCUCGUCACUGCCGUGUGAUCAAAUAUCGUCCCAAGUUCUCGCGCAUCAGGUCACAGCCUGAUUUUCUGGUAGAGGGACUAACACUCCGUGACUAUCAAAUGGAUGGACUGAACUGGCUGCUGCAUUCCUGGUGCAAGGAGAACUCCGUUAUACUGGCCGAUGAGAUGGGUCUGGGAAAGACCAUCCAAACAAUAUGUUUUCUCUAUUCACUCUUCAAGAUUCAUCAUCUGUAUGGACCGUUUUUAUGUGUAGUGCCGCUCAGUACAAUGACCGCCUGGCAGCGGGAAUUCGAUUUAUGGGCGCCCGAUAUGAAUGUAGUUACAUAUCUGGGUGACGUUAAGUCACGCGAGCUAAUACAGCAAUACGAGUGGCAGUUUGAAGGCUCCAAAAGACUGAAAUUCAAUUGCAUAUUAACGACCUAUGAGAUUGUGCUUAAGGACAAACAGUUUCUGGGCACCCUUCAGUGGGCGGCAUUGCUGGUGGAUGAGGCGCAUCGGCUAAAAAAUGACGACUCUCUGCUGUACAAAUCGCUCAAGGAAUUCGACACAAAUCAUCGACUGCUCAUUACGGGCACGCCAUUGCAGAACUCACUGAAAGAGCUCUGGGCUCUGCUUCACUUUAUAAUGCCUGAGAAAUUCGAUACAUGGGAAAACUUUGAGCUGCAGCAUGGCAAUGCCGAGGACAAGGGCUACACGCGCCUACAUCAACAGCUCGAGCCAUAUAUACUGCGACGUGUCAAGAAAGAUGUGGAGAAGUCGCUGCCCGCCAAAGUGGAGCAAAUACUUCGUGUGGAGAUGACAUCACUGCAGAAGCAGUACUACAAAUGGAUACUUACCAAAAAUUUUGAUGCGCUUCGCAAGGGUAAACGUGGCUCCACCUCGACCUUCCUUAACAUUGUCAUUGAACUGAAGAAGUGCUGCAAUCAUGCCGCACUUAUACGUCCAUCAGAAUUUGAGCUUUUUGGCUUGCAGCAGGACGAAGCGCUCCAGGUGCUGCUGAAAGGCUCCGGCAAGCUAGUGCUGUUGGAUAAACUUCUUUGCCGGCUAAAGGAAACGGGUCAUCGUGUGCUAAUAUUUUCGCAGAUGGUUCGCAUGUUAGAUGUGCUCGCUGAUUAUCUCCAGAAGCGACAUUUCUCGUUUCAGCGCUUGGAUGGCAGCAUCAAGGGUGAAAUGCGGCGGCAGGCAUUGGAUCACUUUAAUGCUGAGGGUAGUCAGGACUUUUGCUUCUUGCUAUCGACACGUGCCGGUGGCUUGGGCAUUAAUUUGGCCACAGCCGAUACGGUCAUUAUAUUCGAUUCUGAUUGGAAUCCGCAGAAUGAUUUGCAAGCGCAAGCCCGUGCCCAUCGCAUCGGCCAAAAGAAUCAGGUCAAUAUUUAUCGCCUUGUCACGGCGCGAUCCGUCGAGGAGCAGAUUGUAGAGCGCGCCAAGCAAAAGAUGGUGCUCGAUCAUUUGGUGAUCCAGCGUAUGGACACCACAGGCCGAACGGUGCUAGACAAAAGUGGCAGCGCUCACUCAUCCAAUUCAAAUCCCUUUAACAAAGAUGACUUGUCGGCCAUUCUUAAAUUUGGCGCAGAGGAACUAUUCAAGGAUGAGCAGGAGCAUGAGGAGGAGCUUGUGUGCGAUAUUGACGAAAUUCUGCGUCGCGCUGAGACACGGAACGAAGAUCCAGAAAUGCCAGGCGAUGAUCUGCUUUCAGCUUUCAAGGUGGCCAGCAUAGCUGCGUUCCAGGAGGACGAACCCAGUGAGUCGACGAGUAAGGACCUGCAAGGGGCUGACGAUGAGGAUGACAGCAAGGAUUGGGACGACAUUAUACCCGAAGGUUUCCGAAAAGUCAUUGAGGAUCAGGAGCGUGCUAAGGAAAUGGAGGACUUGUACUUGCCGCCGCGACGCAAAACGGCUGCCGCAAAUAAAAAUGAUUCCGGCAAGCGAGGGGCACCCAAGAGCGGGCAACGUUCCAAGCAGGGCGACGAUUCCGGUGAUUCCGAUUAUGAAAUGGGCUCUGAUGCCAGCGGAGCUGGGGGCGAGGAUGGAGGCGGCAGGCAGCGCAAACGCGGACGACCUGCUAUGAAGGAGAAAAUCAAUGGCUUCACCGACGCAGAGCUGCGACGUUUCAUACGCAGCUAUAAAAAGUUUCCAGCGCCGUUGCAGCGUCUAGAGGCGAUUGCAUGCGAUGCGGAGUUGCAGGAGAAGCCAUUAGCGGAGCUAAAGCGAGUUGGUGAGAUGCUCCAUCAGCGCUGCGUGCAGUUCCUGGACGAGCACAAGGAGGAAGAAAACAAGACUGUGAAAGAAGACGAGCAGCAGGGCAGCAAACAGCGACGCACCCGCGCCACUUACUCGGUCAAACUGGGCGGGGUGUCGUUCAAUGCCAAAACGCUGCUGGCCUGUGAAGAAGAGCUACAUCCACUAAACGAGCUCAUGCCCAGCUCGGCAGUCGAGCGGCAGCAGUGGGUGUUCAACAUCAAGACACGCUCAGCCAAUUUCGAUGUGGAGUGGGGUGUCGAGGAGGACACCCAUUUGCUGCGCGGCAUUUAUCAGUAUGGCAUUGGUUCCUGGGAGCAAAUGAAGCUGGAUCCAACGCUCAAGCUGAGCGAGAAAAUACUACUUAACGACACACGCAAGCCCCAAGCCAAGCACUUGCAAUCCAGGGCGGAGUACCUGCUCAAGAUUAUCAAGAAGAAUGUUGAGCUGACGAAAGGCGAAAAGCGGCGACAGCGCCGGCCGCGUAAACUAAAAACUAAUCUCAAUUCAAGCACUGUGGCAGCCAGUACGCCAGAGCGAAAGGAUGGAGCUGCUGAGGAAGGUAGCUCCUCGCUGGCGGGCGACAGUAGCUUACGGCAGACAGUGGAUGGCAGCAACUCUGUCGCCUCGCCAAUCACUGCAGCCGCAUCAGCGACAGAACAAGGUAGUUCACAGAAAAAGAAAAAGUCAAAGACUCGGAGCAAGAAGUCAAGCGCCUCUGACAACAAUGGCAAUAAACCUAUGCACUUUACGGCCAACAAUGAGCCACGUGCACUGGAAGUGCUCGGUGAUUUGGAUCCGAGCAUUUUCAACGAAUGCAAGGAGAAGAUGCGACCGGUGAAGAAAGCGCUCAAAGCUCUAGAUCAGCCCGAUCUCAGUCUGUCCGACCAGGAUCAGUUGCAGCACACGCGUGACUGUCUACUGCAGAUCGGGCGACAAAUUGACGUUUGCCUGCAGCCCUAUGGCGAGACUGAGAAGAAGGAGUGGCGCAGCAAUCUUUGGUAUUUUGUGUCCAAGUUCACGGAGCUGGAUGCCAAGCGACUGUUUAAGAUCUACAAGCAUGCCCUUAAGCAGCAAACGCAGAAGGAUGAACCUGCAAAUGCAGCAGCCGAUGAUGGUGGAAAGUCGAAACGCUCGCGAGCUGAAAAUGGCGACGUUGCAGACAAGGAGAAAGAGCGUGAUAAGAGUGGGAAGAAGAAAAAGAAGGAUAAGGACAAGGAGCGUCAGGGACGCUAUUCGGGUACGCCGACCGAUGAGAAAUCUACACGCCGCUUUACCAACGAAUCGCCACUGAAGCGAAAACGUGAUGAGAACGAUGCGGAGGCCAGCGGCAUGGCUGUAAAUAACUCUGGAAUCAGCGACAACCUGAAGUCGAUGUCUUUCAAACGCCUUAAUAUGGAUACAGCGGCAUCCUCGCGACAUGGCAGCCACGAAGACCAGCGCAAGAAGCAUCACAGAGGCGAUGAGUACUACGGAGGUGCCGGCGGUGGGCCACCAAGUGGCUAUGACGGGAGUAGCACACGUCGUUCUGGUCUCAACUCACCGUCAGCAAUUGGCGGCAGUAGUCGGCGCUUCGAGCCGUCGCCUGCGCCAUCUGGCUAUGCUUCUGAAAUGGAUCGUUGGCAUCCACGGGACCGUUACAAUUUUGACUAUAAGCGCGAGCGAUAUGAUUCUUUAUAUCCACGAGGAGGCAGUGGUGCUGCCGGCAGCGGUUAUCAUCGAGAUCAUCGUGAGCGUGAUCGCGAGCGAAGACCAGACAAACGCAGAUACCCGUCCGCAGUGUCUCAUGCCUACUCGGGCCAUUACCUGCCGUCUAAUUACUACCUGCCGAAUGGCAUGGCUUUGCCACCACCGCCGCCAGGCUAUCGGAGUGAACGCGGCUACCCAGUCAUGCCGCGCGAAUACCCUGCUGAUUACAGACGCAGCGAAUACGACCGGCGCACGCAGACGUGAGGAGCGAAUGCCGCCAAUACAAUUGUAUAUACAUUUAGGUUAGUUUUAAGCUUGGCUGUGGUGUCUGUGUCGGGCGCGGCUAAUUGUUAAGUCUUUCCCGUAACGAUCUUGACACAAACCAUGAGCAGCAGCAAUCACACACACACACACACACCUACAUACACAAAAACACCUGCUCAUACACGCACACAUGUACACACACUCACACAAGCAAAAUAAGAAUGCGCAUGAUACAGAUUAGGUACCAUACAUAGCUAAGCAUAUGUACAAGUAA